AUGACCUCGGCCACUCCCCCGUCCUCACGUGGCUCCUCCCCCGAGAAGGUGUGUCACUCAAUGACGCAGACGGAGGUUCUGAAGCCGCUGCUGGGGUCGGUGGGGGUGGCGGCAGGGGAGGCAGCGACAACGGUCUGUGCGCUCCGACGGAGACGGCGUGUUCUCUCCAAGGACGGGCACAGCAACGUGCGCAUCGAGCAUGUGAGCGGGCGCGGGGCGCUGUACCUGCGUGACAUCUGGACGACCUUCCUGGACAUGCAGUGGCGCUACAAGCUCUUCCUGUUCUCGGCCACCUUCGCCGGGACCUGGUUCCUGUUCGGGGUUCUGUGGUACCUGGUGGCGCUGGUGCACGGAGACCUGCUAGAGUUUGACCCGCCGUCCAACCACACCCCGUGUGUGAUGCAGGUGCAGACCCUAACGGGGGCGUUCCUCUUCUCGCUGGAGUCCCAGACCACCAUUGGCUACGGCUUCCGUUGCAUCACAGAGGAAUGUCCUGCUGCCAUCAUCCUCCUUAUCCUCCAGCUUGUCAUUACCAUGGUUCUGGAGAUCUUCAUCACAGGAACCUUCCUCGCCAAGGUGGCGCGGCCCAAGAAGAGAGGCGAGACAGUGAAGUUCAGCCAGCACGCCGUGGUGUCCAAUCACGAGGGCCGACCCUGCCUCAUGAUCCGAGUGGCCAACAUGCGCAAGAGCCUGUUACUGGGCUGCUCGGUAACAGGGAAGUUGCUCCAGACAUCCCAGACCAAGGAGGGGGAUACGGUGCGACUGGACCAGAGGAACGUUCCCUUCCAGGUGGACAUGUCCAGCGACAGCCCCUUCCUCAUCCUCCCACUCACCUUCUACCACAUCAUUGAUGACAGCAGCCCGCUCAGAGCCUGGGCCGCCAAGGGAGGGGGAUGGACGGAUCCGGAUCUGGCAGACUUUGAGCUGCUGGUGAUCAUGAGUGCCACGGUAGAGCCCACCUCCGCCACCUGCCAGGUGCGCACCUCCUACCUUCCUGACGAGAUCCUGUGGGGUUACGAGUUCCCCCCCGUUGUCUCCCUGUCCCCCUCGGGGAAGUAUGUGGCCGACUUCGCCUUCUUCGACAAGGUGGCCAAAACAAAGACCACCCCUCUCUUCAAACAGGCCUCGCCCCCAAGCCCAGCUAUGCGCUCCUCCCGUUACCAUGGCAGCAGCAGAGGGAGCGAGGAGGAAGGGGCAGACCCGGAGAAGAUCAAACUGGAGGAGAGCUAUAGAGGGGAGGAGAGGGGGAGGGGCAGGGGGAGAGAUAGUAGUCUUCUCAGUGUCCGUAUCAGCAAUGUCUAG